AUGUCACACCAUCGCCAGGCGCCCCGCACCUCCCGAUCACAUAAUGAGCCGAACCUGAAGCCGCAAAGUAGCGGUAGGCGAUCACCGCCUCCGUCUUCCUCUUCACUGCAACCAGCCAACAAAAGACCCAGGCAAGACACCGUGACCACGGAUCGCAGCGUUUCACGACAUGCAACUUCAUCGAGCACCGCCAAAGGCCCUACAUCUGCCAAAGAGGAGAAGGUAGAAGCAGUGUCUGCUAAUCUAGACAGUCUGCUCGACGAAUACGAUCUAGGCAUCGACCAAGAGGAGCGCAGGCGGAGGACCUUGGAGGAGAGUCGCAGAAAGCGGCAGGCCAUCUUAGACAAGUAUCGCAGCUCAGACAGCCGACAACUCACUCCUCAGCCAACAGAGACAUCUGCGCAGGCCAAGAUCAACUCUGAAGCGACAGCUACCGACACUGCUCAGGCUGCUCCAAGCGAAGAGCCUUUCUUCCUGUGCAAAACUGACGCUCACCAUCUUGGCCACGAUGCAUCAGCGUUGAACGAGGAGACUUCAGCUGCCGAGCUCCAUCCUGACGCUGACCGAGCACAAGAGUUCGCGCGACUUGAGCAGCGUCGACAAGCUAAUCUGCAGCAGGCUUCAACUUCUGAUCAGGCUGCAAACGCCUCCACAUCUAAGUCACAGCAAGAGGAAGAGUAUGAACAAGUACAAGUCAUCGAUGAUCAAGAUGAUGCAGAGAUGGACAUGUUUGCCCUUUCCGAUGACGAAUAUGACGAGCAGCCGAAGAAAAACAAGACCAAAAUCAUUCCCUUUCCAAAACGUCACGGCUCGAAAUCUGCCAUUGCUAAUCCGGCCAUAACAUUGCCCAUCGCAGAAGCAGCAGCUGCAACCGCAGCCACCAACCUAUCCAGCAACUGGGACGACAGCCAAGGCUACCUACGCACCAUUCUAGGCGAGAUGCUUGACGACCGAUACCGCAUCUUUGCCGUGCUUGGCAAGGGAAUGUUUGCCUCGGUAGUGCGUGCGCGAGAUCUUCAGGCAGAUGGUCGGCAAGUGGCAAUCAAGAUCCAACGUGUUCAGGAGAGCAUGUACAAAGCCGGUCUCAAGGAAGUUGGAAUCUUGCGGAAACUCAACGAGACGGAUCCAGAUGAUCGGAAGCAUGUCGUGCGACUGGAACGGCAUUUCGACUACAAGGGUCACCUGUGCAUGGUCUUCGAAUCGCUCGGAAUGAACUUGCGCGAUGUAGUGCGUCGGUACGGUCGUGAUGUAGGUCUCAACAUGCAGGCAGUACGUGCUUAUGCUCGUCAGCUCUUCCUUGCGCUCUCUCACCUUGUCAAGAAUUCGGUCAUCCACGCCGAUAUCAAGCCAGACAACGUGCUCGUUAGCGACAGCAAAGCGUUGCUCAAGCUGUGCGACUUGGGCUCAGCGUCGUACUUGAGUAAGAUGGAGAUCACACCGUAUCUCGUCUCUCGCUUCUACCGUGCGCCAGAGAUCAUCAUGGGUCAGGCGUACGACUGCUCGAUCGACGUAUGGUCCACUGGCUGUACACUGUACGAGCUUGCGACAGGCAAGAUCUUGUUUCCUGGUCGGACCAACAAUCAUAUGCUGCUGCUGAUGCAGGAGCUGCGAGGACGUUUCACGACCAAACAGAUUCGGAAGAGCCAAUUUGGUGAACAGCACUUUGACGAUGCCAAUGCCUUUCUCUCGAUGGAGCAAGAUAAGAAUACGGGUCAGAGCGUCGUGAGGAGGGUUAAUUUGCACAAGCCGACCUCGAGCCUGCGGACUCGAUUAUUGCCAGGAGAUACAGCAAAGCAGCUCAAGGCGAGCGAGGUCAAGACCAUGAAUCACUUUAUCGACCUGUUAGAACGAUGUCUCGAGCUUGAUCCUGCCAAACGCAUCAAGCCUAAAGAGGCGUUGGAGCAUCCGUUCCUAGCAAAUGUGUAG